GGCAUAUGACCAGCAGAAAUUUCACGCCCACACCCAGGGCGGAGCCGGCUUAUAAAUACUCGUGUGAGGAAUGUGCAGAUUUUUCCUGACUUUCCAGACUAAAAUCUCUGCUUCAAAGGUUCCUUUCUGUCCCCGAAAAAAAAGUGAGUCACCAUGCCGUCUGAUCUGGAGAGAGCUAUGGAAAUACUAAUCACAGUGUUCCACCGUUAUGCGGGUAAAGAGGGCAACAGCAACACACUGAGUCGCCGAGAGCUCAGGCAGCUCAUGGAGGCAGAGCUCUCCAACUUCCUUAAGUCUCAGAAAGACCCCGCCACCAUUGACAAGAUUAUGAAAGAUCUGGACACCAAUGGGGACGGAGAGGUGAACUUUGAAGAGUUUGUAUCCCUUGUGGUCGGUCUGUCCAUUGCCUGUGAACAGUUUUACCAGAUGCACCUUAAACAAAAGAAGUAAAAGCAGGGGAAGAAAAGAGUGGGAGUUGGAGAUGAUUUUCUACUGAAUAUUAUUGUUUAAAUGAGUUUUAAUAAAUGCAACUGCAAACCGCC